AUGUUUCAGGCACCAAAGUUGCUGUUAUGUGGAUGCACUUGUUGCAUGCCUAAGUCAUGCCUAAGUAAUAAGAGAAACUUUAGUAGUAAUGCUUCUGUGCUGGUUUUUAGAGAAACUAAUACCAAUACCGUGCUUCAGAAACCUUCUAGAAAAUUGCACUCACUUGGUGGCAUGUUAAAAUACAGAUCUGUUGAAACUUAUUCAGUCCUUCAAGCUAGCUGCCUUCAACAUUGGUUUAAAAACUGGCAAGCACUUAGGAGAAACAAAUUGACAGCUAGCACUUUUGCUGCUGCGAUUGGGUUUUGGCGUCGGCAAAGGGUCCAGCUGUGGUUAGAGAAGAUUGGUGCUAUUGAACCUUUCUCUGGAAACCUUGCCACCUGUUGGAGCAAUAUCAAAGAGGAGGAAGCACUUGAAAGAUACAAACUGAUAACUGGAAAUACUGUGUUGUUUCCUGAAUUUCAGGUCUAUGAUUCACACCCACAAGACAGCUGGCUUGCUGCUUCACCAGAUGGUGUAAUUGACAGUCUAGUGCAUGAAUUGCCUUCUCGUGGAGUACUGGAGAUAAAGUGUCCAUAUUUCAGUGGGGACUUAAAUAAAGCUUUCCCUUGGUCUCGUAUUCCAAUUCACUAUAUUCCUCAAGCUCAGGGUUUAAUGGAGAUUCUAGGAAGGGAUUGGAUGGAUUUUUAUGUUUGGACUCCUAAUGGUAGUAGUCUAUUCAGGUUGCAUCGUGAUGCUGAGUAUUGGGAUGUAAUGAAAAUAGCCCUAUAUGAUUUCUGGUGGAAGCAUGUUCAUCCAGCGCGAGAAUUGUAUAGUAGCAAUGUUUUAAGAAGUCCCCUUUUUCAAUUAAGAACAGUGAGGCCAGCUCCUAGACAUGAGUUAUGUAGAGAUAUUGUUAAUAAAAGCAAACACAUUGCUGCUAAUUCUAAGUUGUUGAUGCGGGAGAUACAUGGGAAAUUGAUAAAUUGA